CUGAGACUUCUGCACAGAACUGUGUGUACAUCUUCAUAUUGAACAGAUAUUAAAGUUCUUAAAGUCAUUCUUUAAUUCAUUGUCUAGGUCUAGAAGUUGAACUUCUGCUUCAGAAUCAAGCUGUAUUUUGUGAACAACUGAAGGAGGCUAAAAUGAUUGGUGCUGUGUUUCCAGCGUUCUCAGUGUUCUGGACUCUCCUGCUCCCCCUGCUGGUUGGGAGCACUCCUAUUUCUCAAGAUCUGUUUCCGACUGACUGCUCUGAUGUCUACGCUAACGGACAAACACUCAGUGGCGUGUACACCAUCUACCCUACAGCAGACACACCUGUACAGGUGUACUGUGACAUGGGAUGUGGGGAAAGCCAAACAGAAGACGGGAAUUGGACGGUGUUUCAGAGGAGAAUGGACGGCACUGUGAAUUUCUACAGACCAUGGGGACACUAUAAGAAAGGAUUUGGGAACAAGUAUGGAGAAUACUGGCUAGGACUGGAGAAUCUCUACCAGCUCACACGGAACAGGAAAUACGAGCUAAGAGUGGACCUGCAGGAUUUUGAAGGAGUUUCAGUUUAUGCUCGGUAUUCGUAUUUCUCUGUCGAAUCUGAAGCUGAAGGCUACAAACUCCACAUUAGCGGCUUUACCAAUGGAGGUGCAGGUGAUUCACUGGAGCUAAGCAACGGACAGAAAUUCUCCACCUUUGAUAAAGACCAGGACAGUAAUGAGGAGGGAAACUGUGCUAAAUCCUACCUCGGGGCUUUUUGGUACAACAAGUGCCACCAUGCAAACCCUAACGGGAUAUACCUGUGGGGAAAGGACGGUACUCUCUUUGCCAUUGGAAAUGUGUGGUACCAUUGGAAAGCCUAUGAUUAUGGUCUCAAGUACAUCGCCAUGAAGAUCAGACCUGUGUCUUAGACUCUUAGGCCCAUGUGACAUGAUGAUGAGCUUGAGAGAAUGCUGUCUUGUCAUCUGUCUUUUUAACAUAUUGUCACCGUAUUUUUUUAAUUUUUUUUUGUACCAUAGGAUUUUGCAGAAGUACAUAAAUGUGUAUAUACAUUGCUGUGCAAAAGUCUUAGGCACAUGCAAAGAUGCCUUCAAAAAUAAUGAAAUAAAUGUUUCUACAUUAAAAAAAUACUAUAAAGAGCAGUAAACAGUAAUAAAUGAAACAAAGUCAA